AUGGAGCUCCGGUGCGUGAACUGUGGCGUGGGGGUGCAGAGGCUGCUGGUGCAGUACUCUCCGGGGAACAUCCGCCUGACGAAAUGCGUAAGUGAGAAAAUGGGUGCCGUCUGAAAGUUCCUUCCGUUCCCUGCCUUAAUCUCUUGGGCCCAUCUCGUCCUUCCCUGCUGCGUCUGAUCUCGCCUGACCCACUGCGGAGGACGCCUUCGCAGGAAAACUGCAGGGCUGUUGCCGAUCCCUACGUCGAGUGCGAGUUCAUGGUAAGUCGGCCGUCUGGGUGCGCCUCUACAACGUCGCAGCUUGGGAUACCUAUGAGAUUCCCUCUCUCUGGUCAUCCUCCGCUUCUUCCAUUCUCUCCGUAUCCCUGUCUCUCUGAUGACUGAUCUUCGUCGUAGAUUCUUCUAAUCGAUCUGAUUCUGCACAAAGAGAGGGCGUACAGGCACCUCCUGUUCAAUCUAUUGAACCAAGAUUCAAUCGCAAGGGAGGUACUUCCAUUUACUCAAUCCUUUUUCCAGGGACUGGGAGCAUUUUCUUGGUUCAUUUUUCGAUUCAAUCACCUCAAGAUUAGAAUGAAAAAUGUGAAUAUCAGCACCCAUUUAUGUAUCCAAAUCAAAAUCUUGGUCUUUUUUGCACUAAUUCAUUCAUCUUUGCUCUCGGGUCAGCCACAAUUUCCUCAGUUCAUCGUCUUGAAUUUUUUUGUUGCAAUUCACUUCUUGAAUGCCUCUUCUCUGACGUUAUUUGCAGGGUAUACUAUGGAAAUCGAGCUUAAUCUACUUUCUAGCUGAUAUAUGUAUCCAGAACAUGCAAAUAUGUUUUUUUCUUGCCACCUUCUUCUGAACCGAAGAACCUUAGCUUUCCAAGACAGGACCGCACUGCUAUCAGGCGAGUGGAACUCAUCGAAAAGCUCUCUAUUUUCAGUUUGCAUAUGCGGAAAGGUGAGUUGCUACAAGCAUCUGCAUGCCGAUCCCUCACCCCCACCCAAAAUCUUCCACUUCUAAAGGUUUUUCUAGUCUCGGUGCAGGUGUUGGGGGAGGUCUUCUGUGGAAAUCUUUCUUUUUUUGGGUUUCUUUUUCUUGCCGACAGGGUUUUCCUUGAUAAACCCAAGUCAACCCUUGAUAUUUCUAGGUAAUCUCUCUCGCCUCAUAGUUUUCAUUAUAUAUCUCUGUAUCUGAAGCUCUAACUGAAUAAGCGGAAUUCAGUGACCUUGGAGGGCUCUCCUCCUUGGAAGCCCCAAUGCCCAUAUGAAAUCUUUGUGGGCAUCGAACAUGGGGUAGGGUUUCCUUUUUCAGGGAAUUAGGUGACAAUUUGGUACUUAGAGAGGACUGGAUUCUUUCCUGAAAUGAAGAGAGUUUGUAUGAACUCGAGAAGCCCUUGUGUGGCGAAAGCUUGAUCUAUUUUGGGAACAGCUCCCACUGAACACCUUUCUGGUCUAGAAUCAGGCUAUGCUUGCUGAUUUCAGACAUAUCUCCGUCUUCAAUGAGGGAUUUUGUCCCAUAGUAGGCCCUGUUCCUGCUGAUGUGGCCAAUCUUGUGAACCGUGCUGCUGGUUAUGAGGGAUUUUGGGCGGAUCAAACUGCUUGACUUUGCCCAUAUCAAUGAACAGCUCUCCAUCGGGAUUCACACAUUCUUUGACUUCUUCUUUGCUUCUUUCAGCUUUAAGACAGUCUUUCUGACCAUCCUUCUGUCAAGCUACUUCAAAAUAUUUCUCACAUCAAUGAUGGUAUGAACGAGCACAUCCCUUUGGCGUUGACCACAUGCAUGAUCCAAAGCUGAUCACCCUUUUUACUCAGGUCUGGGAGUUUCCAUCUUCGGCUAUUUAUAUCGUGGAUGUUCUUGGUAUAUCAUCUAAUUAUAUGGCUCUAAAAGGUCGGCAUUUUAUUUUUUUCAGUAGAUGGUCUUAAUUUUUUCCCUAAGUUCGUAAUUUAUCCUGAUCAAUGAUAUUUUUCUGUUCAACAGCUCUGAAGCAAUUGCCUAAUGCAAGCUGCAUUGGCGUGGUCUUAGGUGCUCAUGGUGCCAAGUUCCUCAUCUCUGCCUGCUCGGCAAUCUUGUCUUCGUCCUUUUGCUUCUGA